AUGGAAAUAACAUCAGAUAAUCAAGAAUUUGAUGGUUUUAAGUGUAUACACAAGGAGUUUUCAAAUCAUCCAAGACCAAGCCAGCAAAAUCCUUGUGGAGAAAAGCUAUUGAAAAAAAUUUUAACAGUAAAAGAGCAUGUUUGGCAACUACAGAUGCAAUACCCACUACCAAUGUUUCAAUUACUUGCUUCAUAUUCUACUGUUAGUAGCUUGGCAAUAAAUGAUAAUUUUGAAGCGGCUGAAUUGGGUUAA